AUGGCAGCCGAGAGGUUCUCUCGGUCCUCUUUGGGCCUCAAGCUUCGCGAUUUCUUCCAAGGAGGGCCCGCCCCGACUCCCUCCGAGCCUACGAAUAACCUUCUCCUAAGUCCAUUGACGGUGAUUUCUCAGGUCAUCGAUUUCUGGAAGCUCAGUCAUGGAUUCGACCAUCGAGCACCGAUCGGAUCCCAGGUGCGGGAUGUACAAGGUUUCUGCACUGGCUUCCUGACCGCAGCCGCUAUUUCCUGCUCGAAAAGUGAGGCACAUUUUCAAGAGCUGGCUUCGAAAGCCAUACGGCUAUCGUUAUGCACGGGAGCCGUGGUGGACUUGGAUGCAUUGAACCAUUCCAGCGGACUGGACUAUCCAGCUGCCGUCGCGGUUCGAUGGAAAUCCGCUGGAGGGCGGCAGCAUUUGGAACGUAUCUUGAAACAGCACCCUAGAGCCUAUAUCUCUUGUAUCAGUGACGCGAAAACGGCGACCAUCACGAUCCCAGAAUCCGAGACGGCCGGAUUCAUGGCUGAGCUGGCCAGGCAGCAGGUGAUCUCAAUGCCGCUCGCACCACGAGGGCGAUGGCAUAACGGGGACAAUCUCCACGGACUGCAGGCAAUCCUGACGCUGUGCGAGCGCGACGAGCGAUUCCGCCUGCCACACGCCGACGCACUGAACAGCGGGCUGCUAUCGAACAUCACCGGUCAGCUGAUCACGGCGGGCGCCUUACAUAAGAUUGCGCUCCACUCUGUCCUGACUGACCAAUCACGGUGGGACCUGAUGUUCGACUCCUCCUUCGGCGAAAUGAAAGCCCGCAACACCGAGUUCCGCUUUGUCAGCAUUGGCGAGAAGGUCGUCGUCCCUCCUCACGGCUUCACCACCGCCGUCAACGGCACUGCCAACGGCACUACCAACGCCAGCUCGCCAGCUGAUGCAGUCGUCGAGAAUGGGGCCAGCCAUGCGGCCCCCCAGGUGGCUACCCAGACGAUUCCAAACGGCCUGGGCUUGGACACCGCCAACCUCCCUGAUUCUGCGGUUGCGGUCAUUGGCAUGGCCUGUAGAUAUCCGGACGCUGAUACCGUCGAAGAAUUCUGGGACUUGAUCAGCUCCGGAAAAUGCGCUAUUAGGCAAAUGCCCGAAGAUCGAUUUAAGCCAUCUGAGCUUGUACAGGAGCCGAGAGGUCCGUUCUGGGGCGGAUACGUCAGGCGCCUAGACCUGUUUGAUCACCGUUUCUUCGGCAUAUCCGGACGUGAGGCAAAGUCCAUGGACCCUCAACAGAGGCUGGGUCUCCAGGUGGCUUACGAGGCUAUGGAAUCAGCAGGUUACUAUGGUCUUCACUCUGACGGGUUUGAUCAAGACGUUGGAUGUUACAUUGGUUCGGCCAAUGAUGAUUACUUUGACAACGUUCACUCACACCCGAUAAAUGCCUUCUCGCUAGGAGGAAGUUUGAGAUCGUUUAUCAGCGGUCGAAUAAGCCACUGUCUGGGAUUGACAGGCCCCUCCGUGGUCAUGGACACGGCAUGUUCUGCCGCUGCGGUCGCUAUCCACACCGCCUGCAAGGCACUCCAAACGGGCGAUUGCUCGAUUGCCAUAGCAGGGGGGACAUGUUCCAUGUCCAGCUCCAGGAUGACCCAAAACCUGAUUGGUGCUGGUUUUCUUAGUCCAACAGGCGCAUCCAAGGCAUUCGAUGUAGAUGCCGAUGGCUACUGCCGUGCCGAAGGGGUAGGAAUCGUUGUCUUGAAGCCUCUCAAAGACGCCGUGCGGAAUGGAGAUUUUGUUCUUGGGGUUAUCACAGGAUCUGCUGUGAAUCAAGGAAGGAAUACUUCGCCUAUCAUCGUGCCGGAUGGGUCAUCCCAAUACUCUCUCUACCAAAAGGCCUUAUCUAGGUCCGGAACAGAUCCUUCAAACGUAACCUAUGUGGAAGCCCACGGUACUGGCACUCAAGUCGGAGACCCGAUUGAGUUCAGAAGUAUUCGAGAGACAUUCGGUGGACUUCACCGGAAGGACGACGUUUAUGUCGGUUCCGUCAAAGAUAACAUUGGCCACACCGAAGCAUCCUCAGGGGCCGCGUCGCUGAUAAAAACGAUGUUGAUGUUUCAAAACCAGACAAUACCCAAGCUUGCGAAUUUCAAACGUCUCAAUCCAAAGAUUGAGCCACUGGGGGGAGAUCGCGUUUUGAUACCCACACAAUCAAGAGACUGGAAAGCUGCGAAACGCAUAGCGCUGAUUAAUAACUAUGGCUCUGGAGGAAACAACGCUGCUAUGGUGGUUGAAGAAUGGACGCCUCCUCCCGGACCACGUACUCAACUUUCUCGUGUUCCGAUUUUCAUCUCUGGCAAGACAACUGAAGCAGUUCGCUCAUACUGUGACAUCCUCAGAUCAUCUUUAGGCGAGAAAGACCUGGCUGAUAUCGCUUAUAAUCUAGCCGUAAAGCAGAACAGAGACUUCAAGCACUCACUGAUAGUUACGACUGCCAGCGUCCGGGAACUUUCGGCUCAGCUCGAGAGCGCUGCAUCUGGUGAUACUGAACUUCAUGAAUUGCCAAAUCAUACACCCCCGGUUGUUUUGUGCUUUGGUGGCCAGGAUGGGAAGAUCGCACAUAUAUCGAAAGCGUUGUACGAUAGCAACGUGCUUCUACAACGCAAUCUGGCUGAAUGCGAGUCAAUUCUUACUGGGCAACUAUUUCUCCCAAGUUUAUUUCCCGCGAUAUUUGACGUUGCCCCGAUCAAUGACAUCGUCACGUUGCACUGUGUCCUCUUCUCGAUUCAGUAUGCGUGUGCCAAGUCAUGGCUGGACUCCGGCUUGAAGAUUGAUAGGAUCAUUGGUCAUAGUUUUGGCCAACUGACUGCCUUGUGCGUAGCUGGAUCGCUCUCUCUUGUCGAUACAAUCAAGCUCGUCGCGGAGCGUGCUAGAUUGGUUGAAGCAUACUGCGGCCCUCAAAACGGGAUAAUGUUGGCGGUCGAGUGCGAAGAGUCAGAUAUAGACCGUGUCCUUCUUCUUGCUAAGCAACAGUCUCAACACUUUAUGGCUGAUAUCGCUUGCUAUAAUGGGCCUCGCAGCUUUGUCAUUGCUGGCGAUGAUGAGUCAAUUUGUGCAGUCGAGAAAGCUUUAAAAAGCUUGUCAACCAGUCUCCGGUUUAAACGCUUGAGCAAUAGUCAUGCGUUCCAUUCUCGGUUGCUUGAUGCAAUGAUCCCCAGUUUUCUUCGAGCCGUGGAUGAACUUCAUUUCAACGCACCAAAGAUUCCUAUUGAAGCAUGCUCUAAUGAUGACUGGUCGAAUAUUACUACAGAAAAGAUUGUUCGACACACUCGUAUGCCUGUUCACUUUAUGGAUGCUGUUCGGAGAGCUGAGCAACAAGCAGACGGACCUGUUAUCUGGCUUGAAGCAGGAUCCGGGUCGCCAAUCGUACCUAUGAUCAAAAAAGCAGUCAAUACAACCCACCAGCACACCUACAUCGCCACUGCUCUCCGAGCUUCAGAUGCCCUACCUAACCUCGCAAAGGCCAUGUGCAGUUUAUGGUCAAACGGUGUGAGGGUACAGUUCUGGCCAUUUCAUCGCUGUCAGCACUCCUCGUACAACUGGAUCAAUCUACCCCCGUACCAAUUUGCCAAAAUAAGUCAUUGGCUCGAGUACAAACCCAGAAUAUCGGUCAUUGAAACGCCUAACGUACAUCCUUUACCCACCAGCCCGAACCCGGAACUGGUUACAUUACUUCCCAAUCAACCUGUCAAAGGAGAAACCCUCUUCGAAGUGCAUCCUUGCCAUGAGCUCUACCAGCUUAACACUAAAGGACAUGAAGUUGUGGACCAAACCCUCGUCCCAGCUUCACUGUAUAACGAGUUCGUCCUCACGUCAUCCUAUAUGCUGUCAGAUGCCAAAACAGGCUAUGUCCCGCACAUAUCUAACCUUUCAAUGUCCUCGCCCCUGGUAGUCAAUCCAGUCGGACGAGUUUUUGUGAAACUAAUGGAAAAGAAUCCCCAUUCAGGAUCAUGGGACUUCACAUUGUUCACUCAAGUCGAGGCUGCGAAGCCACUCGUUCAUGCUACGGGAUGCGUCACGGUUUCCAAUCCAAGCAUUCCGGUAUCCAUCAGUCAUCUCCAGGCUCUCCAAAACCUCAUGCUUCACCGAUGCAAAGAAAUCGAAAACUCCCCCAUGUCAAUUGGCUUUAAGGGCCCUACCGCUUAUCAAGCUAUGCGUCGGGUGGUGACUUACCUUGACUACUAUCACGGGAUUCAAAAUAUUUACAAUUUGGGCAAUGAGGCUUCGGCCCGUAUCACUCUACCACCUUUGCGGCCGAAAGGCAUGGGGGUAGGCUUCUGCGACCCGGUUCUGGUUGAUAGUUUUACGCAAGUAUCCGGAAUCCUCGCUAACUGUUUUUCCCUCCCUGAGGAUGGUGAGAUGUGGGUAUGCAACUUCAUCAAGGACGUAGUCUUUACCCAACGAUUCGUUGAAACGGCGAGGGAGGAGAAUAAGACCUGGCUUGCUUAUUCUAAGUAUGAGAUACCGACUCCCAAGAGGUUGACGUGCAACAUUUUCGUUUUCGAACCCGAAACUGGCGAUAUUGUUCUCACAAUCAUGUCGAUUGAGUUUCAAAAGGUUUCCAUCAAGUCCUUAAAAAAGGUUCUUGGAAAACUAAAUAGUCAGAAGACUGUUGUCCAAAGAGCUCCUGUCCAAGAAGCCCCGGUCCAGCAUGUUGCUGAGAAGGCGUGCGCUGCUCGCACAGAGUCAAAUUUUCUCCCUUCUGUUCCUUCACCCACUGCAGUCGCCCAACCGCCAGCUCAGCAACCACCGAUCAAGAUAGCUAAUGCUCCCGGAGCACGUGUGGGAUCGCUGCAGAAAGUUAAAGAAAUGCUGAGAGACGUUCUAGAGAUUCCCCUUGACGAGAUUACCGAAAAUUCUGUUCUCGAGGAGCUCGGCUUUGAUUCCUUGCUUGCCACAGAACUUUUCUCGGAGAUUCAUAAGCGCUUUGACGUUUCAAUCUCACACUCGGAUUUUGCGACGAUUACCAACGUCCGAGAGCUCUCCGAGCUAAUCCCUGGAGCAGACGUUUCGCCGAGUUCGACUUCUGAGAUCUCAGUUUCGAUACCCCAGCCGAGUACACCACCUGCUGUAAUCCCACAUCAACCAGCACCCGUGGCACUUCAGCCAUUGGACAAAGUCAAGGAAAUGCUAGUUGAUGUCCUUGAGGUUCCUAUUGAGGAGAUUGGUUCAAAUUCUAUCCUUGAAGAUCUUGGCGUAGACUCUCUUUUAGCCACAGAGAUCUUCUCAGAAGUGAAUAAACGAUUUGGGGUAUCAAUCUCACACACGGAUUUCGCAACCAUCAGCGAUGUUCAAGGACUUGCUCAACUAGUCUCCGGCGCCGCCAUACCUCCGGUUUCAGCCCCUAAAACCCAAACCACUAGGUCCCCCACCACAAAACCAAACGGUGUCCCGCCUCAAGCCGAUAUGGAAACUGUUGUUUUCGCUGAACGGGAUGGGACCACCCUGUCGGCCGACAUCUACUACCCUAAAGAACUCGUCGACGCUCAAACCCCGCUCCCGAUUGCUCUUAUGAUCCAUGGAGGAGGACAUGUAAUAUCCACUCGGAGAGAUGUCCGCCAUGACCAGACUCAAAUACUGCUCGACGCUGGCUUUUUGCCAGUAAGCGUUGAUUAUAGGCUAUGCCCCGAAGUCACGAUCCACGAAGGCGCAAUGCGAGAUGUCCGCGAUGCUUUUUACUGGGCACGAAAGACGCUGCCCACUUUACCACUUAGCCGGCCUGAUAUUCGGCCCGAUGGAGACAGAGUCGUAGCGGUGGGCUGGUCAUCCGGUGGACAUCUCGCGAUGUCCCUCGGAUGGACUGUACCAUCAUUAGGAAUAAAGCCUCCUAAUGCGAUUCUCGGAUUUUACUGCCCAACAGAUUACGAAGAUCCCUUCUGGGCCUCGCCAAAUCUCCCCUUUGGCCAGAAGUCCGUUCCGCCUCCUGGUCCCGGCUAUGACUUCCUCUAUGAUGGCCUUAAUGACAAGCCUAUCAUUGGAUAUACUCCACAAGCAUCUAAACGUGCCUUGGGAGGUUGGAUGUCGCUUGAGGACCCGCGUUCCCGAGUUAUUCUUCACAUGAACUGGGAGGGUAAAAGCCUACCGGUCCUGAUUAACGGUCUCCGCCGUACUGGUGUGAACUCAGUAUCAAAUCCUGCAUUCCCGUCCGUGGAGCAAAUCCAGGCAAUCAGUCCGCUAGCACAGAUCCGUGCUGGGAAUUACAAGACGCCGACGUUUUUGAUUCAUGGAACUCGUGACGAUCUGGUUCCAUGGGAGUCAUCGCAAAAGAGUUAUGAAGCCCUUCGUGAAAGAGGAGUAGCUACUGGUUUGGUCAUUGUGGAGAACGCUCUCCAUUUGUUUGAUCUUUAUCCGGCGACUAAAAAGAAUCCGGUUGCUGUGAAGGGGGUAAGCGAUGGUUAUAAAUUCCUCAGUGCACAUGUAUAG